AUGGCACCAACAAAGCAGGAACUCUCCCUGCUAAUCACCCCUCUCGUACCCGAGGCCGUCCAGCACAACAACCGCGUACUCUCCUCCCUCCACAGCCUAACCUCCUUCCUCCUCGGCCUGUCCGCAGGAAUCCUAGCCCUCCAAUCAGGCUACGGCUUCGCCUUCUACUUCCUCGGCACGAUCCUGGUAUCAGGGCUCUUCCAUGCGGUGCUGAUACACCGCUCCAGUGGUGCAGGUGCCGGCUCUUUCUUCCCUGGUAGUAACACUGGCGAGGUGGAGGGUGUUAUUGAGAUGGAUGAGAAGAGUAAGGCUGUGCGCAUGCAGCUUGGUGGGAAGGCUGGUCCAAGGAAGAUUCUCCGCAAGGGUGCUUGGAGGGAUGUUUGGUUUGGUGGGGGUGUCAUGAGUGAGGCGCUUAGUGGGUUUGUUCUUGGGUGGGCUGGUGUCGGGGGUGUCUUGAGGUGA